AUGUCCUCGCCGCCGGGGCUUCCCCCGUACAUUGUCAUCUUCGGUCCCAAUGCUAACUGCACGCUGGAGAUUUGUCCGAUUCAGUAUUCCCUUUACGGGUAUCGGCCCAGCCUGGCCGCCAAUGGUAGCUUUAUUGGCCUAUUUGGUUUGGCUGGGUUGGUGCACAUCUGGCUGGGGAUCCAAUUAAAGACAUGGUUCUUCAUGGGUGCCAUGUCUAUCGGCUGUGUGAGUGCGCUCCUCGGAUAUGUCGGUCGAGUGAUGAUGUAUUAUAACCCGUUCAACUUUAAUGCUUUUAUGCUCCAAAUCAUCCUCGUCACAACCACUCCGAUCUAUUUCUGUGCCGCGAUAUACGUGACCCUCGCUUUAACCAUUAAUGAAUUUUCCCCAAGUCUGGCGCGCUUCCCACCAAAAUAUAUCUACUGGGUCUUCAUCAACUGUGACGUGGUCUCUCUCGUUCUACAAGCCGCCGGGGGUGGCUUAUCCACCUCGACCAGCGGGAAGAGCCAAAUUGGCGUAGACCUUGCCCUGGCCGGUCUUGCCUUCCAGGUAUUCACUAUCUGCAUCUUCUGUGCCUUGCUGGGCGACUACUUGAAUCGGUAUUACCGAUCGGGUCUCCUGGUAGCCAACCCUCUGCACAACCGGUUCUUGAUCUUCUUCGCCUUUCUCGUUAUUACCAUCCUGAUGAUCACCAUUCGAUGUGUCUACCGCUUGGCCGAGUUACAUGCCGGGUAUAGCGGGGGCUUGAUUCGAGAUGAGAUGCUGUUCAUCUGGUUUGAGGGAUUCUUGAUCCUUGCAUCGGUUUACUCGAUGAUGCUGGGCCAUCCGGGUCUGGUGUUCCAGAGACGGAAGAAGGAAGAGGCUGAGCCGCCGCGUCCUCAGGGUUCUGAGUUGUGAUGUUUACGAUGACGUUUUUGAUUUUCAUAGCGGGAGAUUAUGUUCAUGAUAGAUAAAUAGAAUGCCAAG